AUGCCCAGCGCAACCGGCCAGAACUGGGAGAAGUACAAAAAGACGUUCGCCGAUGAUGAAGAGCCAGAGAAGAAGAUUACACCUCUGACAGACGAGGAUAUCCAAGUACUAAAGACCUACGGAGCUGCGCCUUACGCCGCAUCGUUGAAGAAGAUCGAGAAGCAGAUCAAGGAGAAGCAAGCGAGCAUCAAUGAGAAGAUCGGCGUGAAGGAGUCGGAUACCGGCCUCGCGCCCCCUCAUCUAUGGGAUGUCGCAGCCGAUCGACAGCGGAUGCAAGAAGAACAGCCCCUCCAAGUCGCCCGGUGUACGAAGAUCAUCCAGGACGAGAAGGACACCGAGAAGAGCAAGUAUGUCAUCAAUGUCAAGCAGAUUGCAAAGUUUGUGGUCAAUCUCGGUGAAAGAGUCAGUCCUACAGAUAUCGAAGAGGGUAUGCGCGUCGGUGUCGAUCGACAGAAAUACUCCAUCAUGCUCCCCUUACCUCCCAAAAUCGACCCCAGCGUUACCAUGAUGACCGUGGAAGACAAGCCCGACGUCACGUACGGAGAUGUUGGUGGCUGCAAAGAGCAGAUCGAGAAGCUCAGAGAAGUCGUGGAAAUGCCUCUAUUGUCCCCAGAACGGUUCGUCAGCCUAGGAAUCGAUCCUCCCAAAGGAGCACUACUGUAUGGGCCUCCUGGUACCGGCAAGACGCUCUGCGCGCGAGCGGUCGCCAACCGAACAGACGCCACGUUCAUCAGGGUCAUCGGGUCCGAGCUGGUGCAGAAGUACGUCGGCGAAGGCGCGAGAAUGGUCCGAGAACUGUUCGAGAUGGCCCGGACCAAGAAGGCCUGCAUCAUCUUCUUCGACGAAAUCGACGCUAUCGGCGGUGCGCGUUUCGACGACGGUGCUGGCGGCGACAACGAGGUGCAAAGAACCAUGUUGGAGCUGAUCACACAACUGGAUGGGUUUGACUCGAGAGGCAACAUCAAGGUCAUGUUCGCCACCAAUCGGCCGUCGACGCUGGACCCUGCUUUGAUGAGACCCGGUCGUAUCGACAGGAAGAUUGAAUUCUCGUUACCCGAUCUGGAUGGCCGUGCCGGCAUUCUGAGAAUCCACGCCAAAUCAAUGUCAGUUGAACGGGACAUCCGUUGGGAGCUCAUUGCCCGCCUGUGCCCCAACGCCACUGGUGCCGAGCUGAGGAGUGUGGCGACCGAAGCCGGCAUGUUCGCCAUCCGUGCCAGACGAAAGGUCGCCACGGAGAAGGACUUCCUCGCCGCGGUCGACAAGGUCAUCAAAGGCAAUUUGAAAUUCGGCUCCACCGCCGUGUAUGCGCAGUACAAUUAG